CUUUGACCAGAAGUAUGUUUGCCGCCCGCGGCCAUGUACAGGAUAAAUGUAGCGAUAUAUAUUUUCGUAGUAGGUGCUGGUGUGGAAGCCUGAUGGGGAGAUUAUGGCGAACCACGCGGCGAUAAGCGACAACGCAUCGAUUACGUCGGAUUGUACACAGAAGAUACUACGCGGAUACACCCUACAUCCUCAGCGCAUCUACUACACACACUACUUCGUCUCCAUCUGUUCUAGCGACGAGAUCCUUGCCAGAAUCUAGCGGUGGUGAACCAGCCAUGCGGCAGAAAUGGGCAACUCCCAGAGCGCGCACAAGAUCUCUGCGCAGGACAAGGCAAUUCUGGACAUGAAAAACCAGCGCGACAAACUACGUCAAUACCAGAAACGAAUCACCGUCAUAACCACACGCGAGACCGAGAUCGCCCGCGAAUGUCUCGCAAAAGGUGACAAGGCCAAAGCCCUCCUGGCGCUACGAAGGAAGAAAUACCAAGAAUCCCUCCUAGCCAAGACCGACGCGCAAUUGGAACAGCUUGAGAAACUAACAAACAGCGUCGAAUUUGCCCUGGUGCAGAAGGACGUGCUCUUCGGACUCCAGCAAGGCACGCAGGUAUUGAACAUGAUCCACAAGGAGAUGGGCGGCCUAGAAGGGGUCGAGAAGAUGAUGGCAGACACUGAGGAGGCUAGACGGUACCAACAGGAGAUCAGCGAGGCUUUGGCGGGUCAAAUGUCCAACGAAGACGAGGAUGAGGUCGAGGAUGAACUCGAGGCUAUGGAACGAGAGGUUUCGGGUGUUGCGGCACUGCCUGAUGCGCCGAAAAAGACUGUGGUGGGUGAAGGCACGUUGCCGGAUGCUCCUAAGACGGAGUUGGAGCUGGAACAGCAGAAGAUACAGAAACAGAAAGAGAGGGCCCGGCAGAGAAAGAUGGCGUUGGAAGCAGCUUAACGCGAGAGCCGUUUUGUCUUGUUAUUGGGUGUAAUUGUGAUACUGUACAUUGGUGUAUGAUGCAUUUGCAUUUGCGAUCCGCUGCAGCAUGAUGAUGAUAUUGUGUCAGGAGUUGCGGUUUGGACAAGAUGAAUGCUUUACUAGAUUCUUUUGUUUCGAUACCCCUACUGCCUUUACUGUCCAGGCGUGGAGUGACCGACGUUGGUUAGACCUUGGAUCAAUUUAUGGUCCUGAGGAUUCGCCGCGGCUUCAUACAACACACUGACUGGUUCUCGGUUGAGUGCCAUAAAAUCGCCCUUGAAGCCCAAAUACCCUAUCCGAGUGACAUCUUCUUCGCCGCCAGAAUGAUUGUCUUCGAAAAACAAGUUGAUCGAGGUGGUGCCGUUCCACAAC